AUGGACCCUGACCUCACACCCAACUGUACCGCCACCGCUCUAGCGGACGUUGAAAAAUCCAUGCAAUCCUCUCAGAUUGCCCUUCAACUCCUAACUCUCCUAUUCAGCAUUCUCUCCAUCGCAUUCACCUACCUCUCAACUUCCCGCUUCCGGUCAAGCCCACUCCCGAAGAAUUUGAGGAUUCUGAUGGGCUUCCAUCAUAUAGCUCUCCUGGUGUAUACCAUUCCGUUUAGUCUUAAUCAGGGCUACCACCUAGUCACCCGAAUAUUCUACUCCGAUUGCGCUCUACUCGUCCCUGUGAGCCGAUGUGUAGUCCUUCGUAUCUUCCAAUCCGCCGCCUCUGUCUUUUUCCAAUUCUUCUACAUUGCCGUUCUUCUCAACACCUUCCUGAACAGCUUCAAGUUCUGGAGCGAAUCUCAACACUCGAAAUGGUUGGGCUUUCUUUGCUGGAUUAUUGCCGGAUAUGCGACGUUCCCGUCGGUUGCCGUCGAUCAUGAAUCGAAGGAGUUCAUGCUGAACUGUUCGUCGUUUGAGCAUAAGAGGAAUAGCGUGCAGAAAAUGAUAUUUUUGCGACCUCUACGCAAGUAUCAACCCGUAUCUUCUUUGGGUAUUCUCAGAUUCUCUCAGGAAAUAUAUACUUCAACGGCUAGGAUUUAUCAAGAAAAAUAA